AUGAAGCAAUUCUACAAGGACAACAGUACAAAACUACGGCCGUACCGGGCUGCCUCGAUGUUUGCGCCUCUCAGAAUUGCUGGCCACUAUCCUAGCACACUGCUGACCGACUUCAAAGACGGACAGGGCAAUUCCAUCGACGAAACUCUAAAAAACAAACUUAACUCCGUGCAAGAUCUAUCAAGCAUCCCUACUCCUCACCUGGGCCUAAUUAUUCAAGGAGUGAUAUCAAUUUGUAAGGAUCCUAAAGACUUCCAUGGAUAUAACCUAAUAAGACCUCUUUUGGCCGGCUUUCCUAAAUACGAGACGUAUGCAAGUUUCAACAAUUAUUUCGGCUAUAGUUUGGCUGUAAUUGCCCUCUGCGAUGCAGGCAAUAAGGUACCGGAUUUUGUCAUCAAAGAAUUGAUUAAAGGUGCAAACAGAAAAGUCAGCUAUCAUUCAGUUGAUAUUGACGCAUUGAUUUCGACUGCUUUGUCUUGUGUGUCAACCUCAAAUAGAUCCCUACAACGCAAAGUGGAUCGGGCCAUAGGGAAUCUUGUUCAAAGCAUGAUCUCAAAGCAAAAUACAACAACUGGAGCGUUUGGAAAUCAGUAUACAACAGCACUAGCUGUCGAGGUAAAAUGGUAAAUCAUAUUAUAUCGAGGAAAAACUAGGAGCUUAAACUAUUUUUCCCUAGCCAAACAUGCAUUCCCAAAAGCUGGGCAAAACAGAAAAUAUUGUUUUUUAGCCAUGUUUAUCACAGAAAGUUGGCCGGAAACAGGAAACAUUGUGUCCCAUGUACAGGGUUCGUAGUCUCCAAGACCAAAAAAAUUCAAAGACUUUCAUAGAUUUUUUCUGCCUAUUUUCAAAGACUUUACAAAGACCUUUGAGAGCAAUUAGCUGUCGAAAAAUUGCGAGCACCAUUUUUACCCGGUAAUUAGUCCCGUCAAAUCACAUCCUAAAAUGCGCCUUUUCGUCGAUAUUUGCGAAAAUCUUGCUUCAAUCAAUUUAUUUUAUUAGCUAGAAAAUCGUCUAAUCAAAUACUCACUGAAGAAUUUAAAGACUUUUAAAGACAUUCUUCGCUUUUUUACACAAUUCAAAGACUUUUCAAAGACCUUAAAGACCUGCAUUCAAAUUUAAAGACUUUCAAGGAUUUCAAAGACCGCUACGAACCCUGAUGUAGACAUGUUUUGCAAACUAAACAUUGUUUCCUAGACAUGUUUCUAAAGGUGACGCAAACCAAAAACAUUCUUUGCUAGCUAUGUUUUCGAAAGGUGGGCAAACCAGGAAACACUCCUGCAUGCCCAUGUUGCACAAAGAUACGCGAAGAUGAAGACUUUGUUUUCUAUAAUCAUGCUUAAUUCCGAAAGUGGGCAAACCAGGAAACAUCAUUUCUGCAACAAAAAUAACACUUGGGAACCAAAAAAUCGUCCCGAAUUUGUUGGCAAGCUACGAGAACAACGAAAAGUGUGUUGUCUCAAGCGGGAUUCGAACUCGCAUAUUUGGGUUUCUACACUACCGCUCCAAUCAUUGAGCUAUCGAGGAUUGGUAGCUUAAUCCCGCUUGAGACAACAGAUCUUUUGCUGUUCUCUGCGCAGUGUCAGCCAUGAAACUAGUUUUGUUGGGAAGCAUGCAUGCAUUUAAGGUGAUUCAUCAGUAAUAGACAAUUCCCAUUUAUAAUAGACUAAUUUUAAAAACUAGUCAAGGAGAUGCAAAUAAAUCACCACAGCUAGAAAGAGCAUACUAAAAUGAGUAAAACUGCAAAGUUUGGUUGCGAAAUGCGGAAAAUAUAGACUUACAAAGUUUGCAAAUUUUGUAUAUUUAAAUUUGUAUUGCGUGCGGAAAUUCCUAUACCCUGGUUGCCAGAGGUUCUCGUAUCUUUCGCCUUAUUCCCGCUCAUAUCACAGUAAAAUAAAUACAAGUGGGAAUAAGGCGAAAGAUACGAAAUGUACAAAAUUUGCAAAUUUUGCAAGGCUAUAUUUUCCGCAUUUUACAACAUUUCGGAACCAAACUUUGUAAUUUUAGUAAUUUUAGUAUGCUCUUUCUAGCUGUGUGAUUUAUUUGCAUCUCCUUGCCUAUAGUUUUAAAAAGUAGUCCAUAAUGCAUAGGAAAUGAAUUGUCUAUUGUUCUGGAAAUGAGAGUUUGUUGAAACUUCCCCGAGGUGAAGUUUAUGAUAUGCCCAUAGUGAAAACAGAAAAAAGUUGGGGUCACCGAACUCGUUUCGAAGAUAUGACAAGUGCAAUAUGUCAACCUUUUCCCCCACAUGCAUGGCGCCAUUUUGAUCCGUUUACGAGUUACAGGAACAAUCGCAAUUGUUCAACCGUUAUUGAAUUUUUUUAACAAAGAUCCUAUUAAAAAUGUCUAUAUAUAUGUACAGUGAUUAUAUAUACAAUAACACAUGGUAUUUUAGCGAAUCAAAAACCAUUGACGUGCAUUGUCGUGGUGCAAAGAUGUCUUUUCCCAUCUUCUCAGACAUGUUAUAUUGGGAAGCAUGCGCGAAAAAUGUAAAAUAUGAAAAGUUGUACAAACGAUUUUUCUCAUAUUUUCCGAUAUGACAUGUAAAAACGUAUAGAAGAACAAAAACAUAAAAUAAAAAAGUAGGGUACGGACGGCCUUUUUAAGGAGAUAGCCUACAAGGAUUAAACAUGCACUGAUGAUGUGGUUAAGUGUUAUAAGGUAUAUUUCCUGAAGCACGCCUAAUCAAAACAAAGUGUUUUUUUUCUUUGCCCUUAUUCUUUCUUUAUCACUUUACAUUGCAGUUCGACAACAUAUAUUAGCGAGAAUUUGUUAUUAGAUAUGCGCAGUAAAAGUGCGCAAUGCAAAACUGAUGAAUCGCCUUAAACAGUAUUUAACAUGAAGUUGUUAAAAGAACGAUUUCCACACUGUUAUAUUCCAGGCCAUGCAAGCAGCUCGUAUCCACACGGACAGCUAUCUUUGUGACAAAGCAAUGAAAUAUAUUCUCGCAUAUCAAGAUGAGGAAGGAUCUUUUGGUUCAAUUCUGGCAAAUAUUCUAAUAACUCCUGCCCUCCUGGGAGAAUCGUUAUUCGGUUUGAAAAGAUACGCUUGUCCCGUACUAGGUAAGAAAGCGUAGGAGGGGGGGGGCGCCAAGCGGGGGCUGCAAUGCCUUACUUAGAAUCUACAAUUACAAAGAAAACAUUCUACUCAAAGUAAAAAUUCAGGUCGUUAGCUGAUCGUAUAAGAACCAAAGGUAUGUGUACAUUUCAUACAGAACUGAUGGAGCUAGCUAGCAUCUAAGUUGGCUUAGUCUUUUUACUAUUACUUAGUUUGUUUAUUUUAUUUUUAUUUUUAUUAGUGCCAUCACCCACCACACCUAUUCCUGAGGUAAGAAAUUACUUUUUCGUAGUAGUUUUUCAUUUUCAAAAUUCAACCGUGAUGUCUCGGAAAUGUUGUUUUCUAAUCAUGUCCCCCGAAGGUGGACAAACCAGAGAAUAUAUUGUUUCCAAGCCAUGUUUCCUAAAGGUAUACGUAUAGCCGGCAAACCAGGAAACAUCGUUUCCUGGCCAUGUGGUUUUUGUGUUUCUGUACAAGGCUUUACUAUGUCUCGUUUGUCAGUCACGGUCGAACUCGGCUGAGUAACACCUCAAAGUACAUUCUACAAAGGCAAAUUGGUAGAACAAGCACUUUUCAAUCUUCGUAUACUAUAUAAUCGUGUUGUCAAACUGUGGAACAUUGUAUGUAAAGAUGUAUACGUUUGAACACUGUGUCUAGUCCUAGUUCUUUUAAAUGUUUAGUUAAACGUAGAUAUUCUAGUAUUGUUGAUUUUAUUUAUGUUGACUUGUCAUAUACGAGGUCCUUGUCUCGUGACUCUUCGUAUUAUAGGACGCAAACUGUAGUGUAAUAGGUGUGUGUAGAGUUGCGUGUGUAAUGUUAUUUUAAAUCAUUUUAGUAGGGUUUGGGAAGGUAUCAUGCAUGGUUGUUCGAGUCCUGUUUAUACCUCGCCCAUUUAGGGUCUAUAUUCUAUUAAUAGUUGAUUGAACAUUUUACAUGUUUUCUUUGUAAAAUAUGAUUGACCCUAAUAAAGAUGAUGAUAAUGUUUCCCAAAGGUAAGGAAACCAAUAAAUACUGUUUUCUAACCAUGUUUCCCGAAGGUUUUGGCAAGCCAAAAGCAUUGUUUCCUAGCCAUAUAAUAUUUCCCCAAGGUAGGCAAACUAGAAAAGUUGUUACGAAAACAUUGUUUCCUAGCCAAGUUUGCCAGAAGUGGGAAAAUAUUGUUCACAAAAAUGUUCCUACAAUCCUGCUCAAAACCAUCUGCGAUACUCUAUUAAUGUUGGAUGUAUUACAACUGCUUUAACCAUAUUCUGGGAAUGCAAUCAACAUUGAAUGGUGGGGGGUAAGGGGGAGGUUUCUCUAAAUAUGCGACAAUAUUAUGAAAGUUGGUCAAAUAAUUGCAAGUGUUGCAGAUGUUUUGUCCGGGAUUGUAGCUUGUCUAAGAUGACUUUCCAAUUAAUAAAAUAAAUCUUCUUUUUCCAGAUAAUCACAGUCCAUGUGCAGCUCGUUUUCAACGUGACCGACAUGAGAAGAACGGAACCCCCAGUAUCCGUCAGCGUACUAGAAGGAACAACAGCGAAAACUAUUUUGGACUUGGCCGGAGAACAAAACUCCUGUUACAAAGCUGAAUAUAAAAAGUACUCAUUCGGCCAUUCGGUGACAAGUAUUUGUGGUGUUGCUAAGGAUUCGUCGAAAAAUUACUAUUGGUUGAUUUACGUUAACGGAAAGUCUGCCAAAUAUGGCGUCGACGGAUUAAAGCCGAAGGAUGGUAACCUGAUUACAUUUAAAUACAAAAAGUUGACUUUUAAAUAGUUAAAGUACAAUUAUAGACAAGCAACCCAAGUGUAAUAGUAGUAAAGCGAUGAGAAUGGAACAAAAUUAACAUGAUGUAACAUCUGGGUUAAUUAACUGAGGGAUUAAUUUCAAAUAAAAAGUUGAUCUUUUAAUGUUUAAAACUGCAUUUAUAACAGUUGAACUGUUACUUAAUUUUUUCAACUGCCACAGAUCAUGUCGAGUUGUGUGUGCGUGCUAUCGAGUUGUGUGUGCGUGCUGUGGAGUUUAGCGUGCGUGCGUUAAACACUCAGGUCGAGCACGCUGCGAAUUAGGGCUGAGAACAGGAUGUACGUCUGCGAACAGGCCGUAAAAUGAAACAAAACAAAAAGGCGUUGCUAUGUAGUACAUGUAGUAACAUCUUUUUCGUGCGUGACCGUUCAUGCUUUUUCAACUCUCAUUCUGUUUGUUAUUAGAACAAAUGGUGGCUUUCUGACAGUUGAUUGCGGUAGAGAAAAGACUGUAAUCUGAAUUUUUUUUACAGCAACCAUGCAAUUCCUUUGCGCAGAUACAUGUACGCCUAGCGUACCUAUUUUUUUCAACUUGCCACAGAUAAUUUCUCGGUACAUUCUAAAAACACCUUGGUUAAAAAUUAUUUGGUUUAUCUAAAAUUAACAUUGUUUGGGGUAACUUAAUGUUCCUGGUUAAAUUUCCUAGUUAUUCAGUUAAUUAACCACGGUCCUGGUUAGUGUGAUCAUAGUCUUGGCUAAGUUAACCAGGAUUCCUGGUUAAUUGAACCAGGGUAUAUAUGAUUGAAUUAACCAGACUAUGUCCGUUUACCCACUAAAAUAUAUUUUUACUAAUCAAAUUCGCUAUAACUGUCUUGUUUAGCCUUUUGGUUAUUACAGUUAGCUAGUACCUUCUUUUCGUAACUUUAUCUUAAUUUUGUAUUUACGUAUGUAUUAAUUUAAUGUAUUAACGGUACUGAAUAAAUUAUUUGUCUUGUCUUGGUGGAUUAUUAGCCAGGAAUCCUGGUUAUAAAUUAGGCAGGACUAUGAUCAAAUGAAAUUUAACCAAGAACAUAUUAUCUAGGACUCUCAGGAAAUUUUAUAUAACCAUGGUGUUUUUACAGUGUAUGGUGUCUACUGGGUUAAGUGGUAAUUAAAGUCAAACAGUUAAAUGACCAUGUCAUUGUAUGGUGUUCUUUGCAAUAGCCGAGGUCUUGAAAUGUCAUUUCGUCCUUUGUGGAGGUAGCCCUAAUUGAAACAGCAUUGCAAAAAUAUCUGUGAACCUUGAUGUUUUCUUAAAUGAACACGAUAUCACAAUCAGUAUGGGCUUUACCAUCUUACGACACUUUCUUAACUCUUGCCAACCAUAAAUACUUUUUUACAAUACCAACAUAGUACCCUGGAUUCCAGAGCCUUCGACAGUAAAUAAUAAGUUGAAAUGUCGCGAAGGCUCUGGUUCAACGGGGAGACUCUUUGAUUAAACCGCGCCAAUCACAAAACAGAAUGAGUGGUUUUAAUACAGAUUCUGUAAUAAAACCACUCAUUCAGUUUUGUGAUUGGCGCAGUAUAAUCAAAGAAUCUCCCCGUUGAACCAGAGCCUUCGCGACAUUUCAAUUUAUUACAGGGUACCAACAUAGACGCACGGGAGGAAAAAAAUUAGGGGGAGGGGCUGACAAAAAUUUGUCCGACCUCGAGCGACAUUGCACGACCAAUACAAACAAAUUUGCGUCAUAAUCGCGAGUUCAUUCUUGCUUUUUCUACUAUUGUAAUACGCGUCGCGCUUUCCUUUCAUCAUUUGCCCGAUUUUUAAGUAUAGGGUGGCUGAUUUUAAAGCAAUUAAUCUGUCAGACUUUGUUGUUGUUAAAAUUGGAGUUGCAGCAGCCCCAACCUCGUUCCCAUGCUCUUACCUUGCAGCAGCCCCUCCCCCAGCUCUACUGAGCCUUGCUUGAGUGAUGAUUUGAAUAAGACCUUGAACUGAAACUUGGUACGAAAAAUAGCCAUUUUACUACUUUAGAUGGAUCAAGUUUCGUUACGUUCUAAGUGACCUUCACUGGGCUUCAAAACAACACAGGGAACUCACAGAAAUAUCAACACUAGCUACAAGUACAUCUGGAUUAAUCCUCACCAAAUCUAGGAUUUGCCCAGGCAGAGAAUAUUUACCAAUUUAAAGAUAAUUGCGCAGACCACGACAGGUGGAUCAUAUUGCAAAGUGAUAGCAGUAAUGGUGAACGCGAAUUCUCAAGCUUGCUGAUAAACAACAUCAUGAAUGCACAAUUAUUUUCUGGCGUGAUUGUAAUAUGCUUGAUUCUAUUUUCUGGCAGAGUAACUUCGUUUUGUGGUAAGCAUUUAACUUGAGACGGUCAUAGAGGGUAGUUAAGUAAGUUUCACUGGAUAUCUACUUUAUAAUCACUAUUUCGUAGUUUAAUAGUAGUCAAUUCUAAAAUACGCGAUUUUUUAUUGGUUCACUUUCGCAAUGACUGUGGUUAACUUUAAUUACCAUUUUAUUUUGUUUUGAUUCUAAAAGUUUGGAGAUGUCAUGAUCUCUGACGUAGCGGAACAUCGCGAUAUCUUUCAUUAGGAUUUUGGUAUCUCACUCGAUAUAAAUAAUUGUUGAAGGGGUUGGUAUAGGUGGAAUUUUUUUACAUUUAUACUAGACCUAUCGAUCCUGCGGCCCUGCAUGCGAUUCCGUUUCAGCGCUUUAACCAACUGAGCUACAGAGAGACAGUUGUCGAGUUGUAACCACAAACUGUUCAUGUAUAAAUAUAGUGAUGCCAAUGUACGGUGUAUGAGUAAAUAUUUAAAUUAAAUUAGUAUAUAAACAAAUACAUUUGUUAUAUAGUUAGUGUCAAAGUUCAAUUUUUCUGUUUGCCGAUUGGUCAAAACCGUAUCACGUGCCGGUCCACAAAACGUCAUGUUCACUGUUCACGUCAUGUUCAUGCUCAUUGGCGAGGAGGCAACCGAUCAACAAUGAAACAUUUAUUGACCGGUCAAUAAUAGAAUGGGUGCAAUGUACAUGCGCUUAAACCAUGAAGUUCCAAAAUUCAUUCUUUAAACUUUUUAUUAAACAUUUACGACGUUCUAUUCAUCCAAUUUUGGUUUCAAAUUAAGUUCACUCCAAUGAGCGGUGAAUUAUUCAUACUUUGACACUUAUAUACUACAUAACAAAACACUUAUUUCCUAAGACCUUGGGAAAACAGUGUGUUUUCUGGCUACUCGACCGCCGUUAACGGCGGUCUCGGGUCCACAAAACACACUGCUUCCCUCGGUCUCAGUAAAUAAGCGAUAAUUAUAUAAUUUUUUUUAAAAAUUGAAACAAUAACACGAAGAGGUAGGGAAUUAGAACCAAACAUUAACGCCCCAUUCACAUUGUGAAUUUGUCAUUUUCAGCCAGGACAAGCGAAACUUUACAUGCCGACCAAACUCGGGCUGUCGUUCGUUCCUCUGACUGGAUGAAACAAAUCUACAAGGACAACAGUACAGAACUGUUCCCGUACCGAGCUGGCUCGUUGAUCACAAUUCUCAGAUUGGCUGGCCAUAAACCCAAGACUCUGUUGUCAGAAUUCAAAGACAGACACGGCCUUAACAUUGAAGAAACACUGAAGAAUUUCCUAGAUUCAAAGAACGCCACAGAAGGAAACCUUUCAAGAAUUCCUAAUCCUCAUCUAGCUCUUAUAAUCCAAACAGUGGUAUCACUUUGUCAGGACCCUGAAAACUUUCAUGGAUACAAUUUAAUACCACCUCUUCUAUCCGGUUUCGCUUUGUUCAAGAAGAUUCGAAAUUUCAAAAACUAUUUCGGGUAUAGCUUGGCUGUCAUUGCUUUGUGCAAUGCUGGCCACCGUGUGCCGGACGACGUCGUACGGGAACUUCUCAACGGAGCUUAUCGACAAGUUAGUUAUCAUUCAGGUGAUAUAGACUCGCUGAUUUUGCAAGCUCUAUCGUGUAUUUCCAACAGUUCCAUGCAAAAUGAAGUUCAUCGAGCAUCAGAGAAAAUCGUUGAAAAUUUGAUCAUGAAGCAAAAUACAACAACUGGAGCGUUUGGUAAUCAGUACUCGACAGCACAUGUUAUAAUGGUAAAUGAUUGUACUAUUGUUUGCCGGAUCCGCUUAUCACCACCCCUACAUCCGCAAUCCAGUGGAGCUAUCCAGUACAAAUAAAGUUAGUUUGGCUUUCCCAGUUGUAAGACUGCACAAACGAAGGAUUGCCCUUACUAGUGCUUAAUUAAUGAAGAGUUCAGAAUUGAAAAUGUUAUCCAAUAUAAACAAAGCUACAACCCAAACCAAAAUCCAUGUGGACCGCACAAUCCACUUUUGCAAAUCCUAACAAACAGUUGAAACUUGACUUUACACGCAUAUUCCCCACUUCCCCUCUUCAAUAUUGCAUAUCCGCAUUAUCCUACACUUCUUAUUUGAUGAACAAUUCCAUUCAACAUUGACUUGGGGAGCAGGGGAUAUUUAUUGAGAAAAAACGCCAUUCUAGGCCAAUGCCUGUGGGUUGUCCACAACGUUUUGGCCAGGAUUGUAGUUUAGAUUCUGCAUGCAAAAGAGCCAUACCGAAAAAGUUUCACUUGCAACGAAACGAAAACGUUUCACUUGGGAGUAACUCUGGAUUGGAACAAUUAUUCUUGUUUCGAAAUUAUUUUUAUUUAGUAUUGCACAUUAAUUCUCUAGGCCUUGCAAGCAGCUCGUAUCCACACAGACAGUUAUCUCUGUGAAAAAGCGAUGAGAAAUAUUCUCACAUAUCAAAAUGACGAAGGUUCAUUUGGAACAAUACUGGCAAAUAUCCGUGUCACUGCCGCGCUUUUAGGGGAGUCUUUAAUCAGUUUGAAAAAGUACACCUGUCCCGUAG